AUGGCCAUCCUAAACUCAAACCCAGAAGUCCUUUUACGUAAACGUAAGAACGCUGAUCGUAAAAGGUUAGAAAAACAAGAACAGAUUAAGGAAAAAAUCGCCGCUUCAAAGAAGGCCAAGUUACAGCAACAAAAGAAUAAAUUCAUCAGGGCAGAGACAUUACUAAGUAAUCACAAGUCGAAUGAAAUUGAACGUAAAAGGAUCAGAAAAGUUUCCAAAAAGAUCAACAACAGCAAUUUGCCAACUUCAAUAAGCAACAAUGGUGAAGCGAACAAAGUUCAAGACCAAGGUGAAUAUAAGUUAUUAUUUGUCAUUAGAAUACCUAAUCAUACAAAAGGGUUAAAGAUCCCUAAGAAGGCGUUUCAAAUUUUGCAAGUUUUGAAAUUAACUGAAUCAAAUACUGGAGUAUUUGUCAAAGCUAAUGAAUCAACGAUAAAAUUAUUAGGAUUGAUUGCUCCAUAUGUCAUAAUUGGACAACCAUCAAUUUCAUCCAUACGUAAGUUAUUUCAGAAAAGAGCUCGUAUAACGGUUGAUGAAAAAGAUGAGGAGAGUGGAGAGGUACAUUCGAAAGUGGUCAAAUUAGACAAUAAUCAAGCAGUUGAAGAUAAAUUUGAGGAUUUGGGACUUAUUUGUAUCGAAGAUUUGAUUCAUGAGUUGAUCAACUUGACUGAUAACUUUAUCCCCAUUACUUCAUGGUUGUUACCAUUUAAGUUGAAUGCGCCGGUUAAUGGAUGGGGUCCACAAGCUAAAUUGGCUAGAUUGCAAUAUGCCAAUGAUCAUAAAGUUGAGGUGUCUUUGGCACAAGAUUACAAGUUGAAGGAGGUGGAAGAUUUCGAUUCCGUUAUCGAUCAGCAAAAUUAA